GCAGUGGGCGGGAUUUAUUGUAAUGUUCGUAGAAAUAUUGGGUAAACUAUUCAGCAGCAAUAGUCGGCACAAUUCAUGGGAAUACAGAUACUCAGUAGCUGCCCAUGCCAGAAAGAAAAAUGGCCGCCUGAGUGCAGGUCGGCCAUCUUGCCAUGGUAUAACUGCCCAGCGCACAGUAGCAUCAGUGGCAUUUCUUCAGUUGAAGCUUUUGUGGCUGAUACUAGAGUCUGGCCUCUGGAAGGGCGAGCUAGUCUGUUUCGGCAACUAGUGUAUUACUUCCAGCGUAUUACCUGCGGUAUCCUACUGUUCAGAGCACCAUAAAAUCUGUGCUUUUCUGGACUUUUAUUUUUUAUUUUGUGUUUAUUUUUGACAUCGGAGAUGAGCCGGAGAGAACUGAGGCGGCUCCUCGAGGACCAGAGGCGGUGGAGGAGCCGUCAUGGAGAUCCUGAUGAUGCUUCGGAGACCGUCUUUGAGGAGAGGCUGCGGUCCGAGCGGAGAGGAGAGAGAAGAGCUCGUCAGGAUCAGAGACCUCAGAGGGAGAACAGAGAGAGAAGCCAUUCUCCCCUUCCUGAUCCCGACGCCACAGACAGACCACGUCCAGAUCAUCUCCCUGGUCAUCUUCAUCUCACCUUCCAGCAACCAGCAGAGAAUGGGCAGGAUCUCCUGGCCAUGGUGGUGGAGCUCACUACGCAGAACCUCCCGGCUUUCCUGGUGGAGAUCAGAAUGCGGAAUCUCCCACCCAUGAUGAUGGUGAUCGGCGGACAGGAUUUCCCGCCCAUGGAGGUAGAGAUCAGCGGGCACAAUCUUCCAGCCACGGUGACCGAGAUCAACGAGCAGAAUCUCCCCGUCAUGGAGGUAGAGAUCAGCGGCUUCCCAUCUCACCAUACCACAGAGGAUGAAGCCACACAGGCGUGUGUGAUCUGCUUGAUGGAGUUUGGAAACGGAGAACGGGUGACUGUCCUGCCCUGCAGCCACAAGUACCACACCAGCUGCAUCUACCACUGGACGGACACAAACCCCAGCUGUCCUGUGUGCCGGAGAGACUGCAUCCCGAGGCCGGUCCUGUGGCGGAUCUCCUGAGUAUGAAUAGAUGAAGAUGAAGAUCUACAGCACCGUACAUUGUGUUAUCUACCCCUGGAGAGUACGGAUGUUUGGAACCUUGCACAAGUAUUGGACCCAUACUGUGCAUGUGCAGCCUCCGUUUCCAAAUACGGAUUUGUAUCGCUGCCGUGGUUGUUGGGAAGGGAUGGGGCCAGGAUCUCCAUCUCAGGUCUGAGAUUUCCUGGUCCCUUCAUAGUAGAUGCGAUGGUUGGCUUGCGUGACUUCAUGAGUCACACAGAUGGCUGUUAGUGUCGUAGAAGAUCGAAUACUGCAUCCUAGAAUGCAGCUACAUCUGUAAUUCCUACUUAUAGGAUAUGAGGAUGACUUGAGUGCAGAGGAGAGUUUAAAGAAUUAUCAGAACUAGUACCAGGUUGUUGGCUAGACCCAGGGCAGGUACGCGGAGUCUUAUCCCACCGGUGAUCUUCUCCAGGGAACCCCGCAAGGGGAUUUGUGUUUCACUGCACCCGUUUGGCCGGUUGUGGACCCUGACUGGGUCGCCUGGGCUAGGACUAUUGCUACUAAUUGAACUGUAGAAGUAGUCUGGAGACAACUAUGGUUUUGGCUUGAAGUUGGAUAGCUGACAAACCGAGAACAGAAUUGGUGCGCUGACUAGGCUUGAACUGGAAAAACAACACUUGGCAAUAUUGGACUGAACUGAACUGGAGUGCUGACCAGGCUGGAACGGGAAUGAAGACACUGGUUGUACAGAACUGGUACUGGACCGGACUGGAACCGGAAUGAAGACACUGGUAGUACAGAACUGGUACUGGACCGGACUGGAACCGGAAUGAAUACACUGGUGAUACUGAACUGGAACCGGACUGGAGAGGUACUAGUACUGCAGGUUCUAAGGUAUAACCUGUGAACACUGAUGAGUGCAGCUACAAGGCUCACACACUGAGCUGUGUGACAUACAGAACUGGUAACCUGCACAAUGAGAGGCAGGAAGUUUUAUACCCAUGUACUUCAAGAUUGGCUGAAUGGGUCAGCUGACCCAAAGGCUGAGCGUGAUUGGACAUUGUCCGGUAAGCUGACAACAACCACGAUGGUCCUGCCUGUGUUGCCGGGCCAGUGGGAAUAGUCUCUCUUUAGACGCCCCAGCCCCACCACAGUCACACACACCGCUGCCCCAACCGCCCCGGAAAACACUCCCGCAGCAAUGUGGGCAGCACGCUGGAGCAUCUGAGCCCUAUGAGCACACACAAGCGGCCGGAUGGGUAAGAAUCGGGGAUUACCCCGGGACACAUCACCAGCAGCCGUGACAUGUAUAAUGUUGCCUGGUUGAGUGAUGGUGUUUUCUGUUUGUCGUCGGGUUUCGGUUACUGAGUUUGUUUUAAUUUUGCCUGUAAUGUACUUCCCAUUCAUAUGGUGUUUGUUAGGAGGAUUCACAGGGUAAUGGCGGAAGUGCGGUGGUCUAUUCAUUUCAUUUGGCUGGCUAGGGAGAUUAACAGUUUAGAGGAUAUGAAUCUGGUUUUUCCAGCCAGUUACACAUGUGCCUCUUCAGUUUAUUGCGGACAUUGACGGAUCCUCAGCUUUGGCCCCGCAGUUAUCUAUGCGAGACUGUGUGCGGUGCCUGGAGAUUGGAUGAUGGCUUUGAUGUGGAAUUUGCUUCUUCUUGAGCUUUUCCCUGUAAUGGCGUCCCUGGAGUUAGGGGGGUGUUUUUGGAGAACCAAGAAAUGUACUCUGGUGCAACACCAUUGGGGUUGUGCUGGUUUUUAAUGGGGAGGGAGUGUCCAACUAUUCCCACUGUUUCAUGUUUUUAUGCGUAUGGCGUUACAUGACUUGCAAUUUUCAUCAUUUUGCUCUGAGCGUGUGUUGGGUUUGGAGAAUGGCAUUGUUAAUGCACACUUGGAUGGGUGAAAUUUCGAUUGAAUGCCCCUCAUGCGGACCCAGUUGGUGAGUGUGUUCCUCUUAUGUGUGCCAUGUGAUAUAGCUGACUUGGAGGGUCUUUCUCACGGGUCUUGGGCUCCUGCUACAUGUUCAGCUUUAUGUUUUGCGUGAAGAUCUGUGAGAGCAUUGAAGUGACAAUCGAUUUCUUAGAAUCUAGCAUUUGGUAUUGAUGGGCUGCUGUUCUGGCAGCUCAUGAAGGCAGUUUGUGGUGUACGUUCGUCUUGGUCUGAGACCUUUUUAGAUCGGCCUUUUCCAUGGCCUUCCAUGGAGCGUUUCGGGUUGGGGAGAUUGCUGCUUCAUUUGAAAUGGUGGUUUCUCAUUUGCUUUUGUCACAUGUUUCGAUUUGUGAGUGUGCAAU